AUGAGGAUCGUGGAAAUUGGCGCCAACUUCAUGUCCGUCAUCCUCACGCACCUCCUGCAACUGGGCGUGCAUCCGGACAUGACGUUCUUGCAGCGGCAGGUGGCCAUCACGGAGAACACCAAGAGCGAGCAUGUGGCGUCGCUGCGCGUGAGUCGCUGCCCUGCGCUGCACACGGCGGUGCUCACGACAGACGUGUGCUGCGCUUUCAUGGUGACCAAGUGCUCGGGCGCGAACACGGUGGUAUUUGAGGGCGCGCGCCUCGGUGCCAUGGAAGUCACCUCGUGUAGCGUGAUGCUCAUGCGGGUGACUGCCUUGGAUCGAUUGGGCAGCCUUGUUGUCCGCAACUGCCGCCAGCUGUCAUCCCUGUACUGCACGCGCGACCCGGCAUUGCGGCUCUGCUUGACCAAUCUGCCACAGCUGCGCUUCGCAAGGAUCCCCAUGCUGGCAUUCCGCCUGCUGCCGAGCGCAAAGCCGCGCCUUUUUGCUUCUGCCUCUAGUGGGGGCAAGCGCAUGCGGGAGUUGAGAGUGCUCAAGUGCCCGUCGCUGCCACUGCUGCGGCUGCCGCCAGGCGACGUCUCUUCCAUCAGCACAUGCGCGCUGGAUGUGGUGGUGUCGACUGCCGCUGUGUGCACGCUCGCCGAGUGCUGCGGCCAGCUUGAGCUGCGCGGUACCGCGGCGGCGACAUUUGCGCACGACCCGCAUCCGCUGCCGGCGAUGGCCAAGGUGGUGCUGCUUGGCGUGCACUCUGACGAGCUGACCAGGACUGCUUCUCUGCCACGCGCCGUAAAGCGGUGUGAUGUGGUGAUGAGGCACGGCGGCUUUGACCCAACGGCGCUGCUGUUUGUGGCCGACAUGCCCAUCCGCGGCGACCCGGGCCUCUCGCUUCCCGUCGUGAGCGGACUGGAUUUGCUGCCCCACACAACGCGAGUGGUGGUCAAGGAGUGCCGUGUCAUGGGCGACAUUGCUGCCUCACUCUCAGCCAAAGUGGUGCUUCGCGACUGCAUUGGAACGGCCACCGUGAUGGAGGCGCGCAAAGUGCACGUGUUUGGCCCGCGCAUGCCCACCCUUGAGCUGCACGACGUUGAGCGUGUGGAGAUGAUGGGCGUUGACGAUCUCAGUGUGGCCGAGACGGAAGACGUCGUGUCCAUGAAGCUGGACGACUGCGAGUUUGAGGGCUUUGCCGAGCUGCGUGGCGUGCGUCGGCUGACGCUUUCACGCUGCAUGUUCUACAACGUUCUGUCGCUGCCUUCGUUCAGCUACCUGCGCACCGUGCACUGCGCUGGUCGAGAGUGUGCAGACAACACCUCAGGGGCAUGGCCAUCGGUGUGCUUCCGCAACGAGCGCGCGGCGGUGAUGCGAGAUGCCCUGUCCGACGGUGGGCUGGCGCUCAACGAGGCUGAAGAUGGCGCAUGCCCUCGCUUCAACGUGUUGUUUGUGCGCUUUGAUGGCGUGUGA